GAAGACGCACGAUGCGUGGCGGCGGCAAGGAGCAGACGACCACAACCGCAGCAGUGGCUGCCAUGAGGGAGGAAGAUGAUGAAGAGGAGGAAGAAGAGGAGGAAGAGGAGGAAGAGGAGGAAGAAGAGGAAGAGGAGGAAGAGGAGGAAGAAGAGGAAGGGUGUGUGGCCCAAGGUAGCAGCAGUCGACAAGUUGAAGGCGGUACGACAGAGCACCAAGAAGGAUAUGAAGAGGAAGACGAGGACAAGGAAGAGGACGACGAGGAAGACGUGGAUGAGGAAGAAAGAGCGAACGAAGGGACAAACGGCAAGGAGGGCACCAGCGAGGAUGGCGUUGGCCCAGACGAGAAGGGGCAAAGUAGCAGGGAGAAUCAAGUGAAGGAAGAGGAAGUGGAGCCAGAGACAGAGAUAGGCGACAGUGGCAGUCGAAGCCAGGUCAGCGCACACUGUCCGCGCACCUCACAACACCAGAGCUCAAACAGCAGUGAGAGUGACGACGACAGUAGCAACGACAGCAGCGAUGACGAGGGCGAAGAGGGGGACGAUAGCGAUGCUUCUGCCGAGACGGACAGCACUGAUAGCAGCAGUGACAGCGAUAGCAGCGAAGACAGCAGCGAUAACGAGGAACACGACUAUGGAGAUGCUUCUGCUUCGUCUUCCAGCUCAGGUACGUCAGCUUCUUCCUCUUCCUCCGACGAUGAUGGCGACGAGACGUCGAGCAGCGACAACAGCAGCAGUGAUGAACAAGAAGAAGAAGAAGACAGCCUGUCAGUGAUUGGGGGACCGAUUGAGGAGGACACGGCAAAAACGCGCAAGGACCGCGCCAUCAGCUAUUUGGCAGGAAUAUUGUCGGCGCCCUGUCGGUCCAACUCCACGUUGUAUGUGGGCAACCUCGACACGCGCGUGACCGAUGAGAUUCUGUACGAGCUGUUCUUGCAAGCAUGCCCCGUUGACGGUGUGGCCAUUGCACGCGACCCAGAGGGGAACCCGCGCGGGUUUGCGUUUGUGGACUGCGUAGACGUGCCAUCUGCGCUCUAUGCGAAGCAGCUGCUCAACGGCGUCGCCCUCUUUGGCAAACACAUUCGCAUCGAUGCUGCUGACGCGUGCAGCCCUGAGGUCAAGGACCAAAUCCGCAAAGUCACGCAGCUCUUCCCACGCCGCAUCGAGGGGGCGUUGCCGCGCCUGCGACCGGCACCACCUACCGCUUCGGUCGCGGCACCCCGCCACCCAUAUCCACCCCACCAUGCACACGGCCUCCUCGCUGCCCCCGGGGGCUUCUACCACCCUUACCGCCCACCCUACACGCCAGCGUACCCAGCGUACCACCAGCCCCACCCCCACCAGUACCCGUACCCUUACGCCUACCACCCCAACUCCCAGUACCACUAUCCAUACGCAAGACCGCCACCACCACCACCACCACCACCACCGCACCAUCCGCCGCCACCGCCACCACCAACAGCACCGCCACCACCCCCAAACCCAUCCAAACAGCCACCACCACCACCACCACCACGACCACGGGCACCAACGCGACCCGCAAGCACCAAAACAUCUUCAGCGGAACCAGCAAGGACAGCACCACCGCGCACCGCUUCGCCACCGCCAACACCACCUUCAUCGUCAUCGCUGGCACCAGCAGCAUCAUCGCGGUCACGAUCACCGUUGCAUCCGCGCCGGAGUCGCGAGCGCGGUGACGGCGUUCGUGGUGGUGGUCGUGGGGUUGCGCGCACACACGUGCACGGCCGCGAUGGCCGCGAUGGUCGCGGACAAUCGCCACCAGCACGCGCAACAACCGGCGUUGCUGUUGCUGGCGUUGGUGGUGGUGCCGCUGCUGGUGAUCACCGCCAUUAUGACCAUCGUCGUGACCAGCAUCGUCCUGACCACCGCACCGCACGGCAGCAGCAGCAGCAGCAGCAUCGUCGCCCACGACCAUCACCACCACGCGGGCGCUACCGUUCCGGCCCCGCACGCACUGCUGUCGCUGCUGACCGUGGGCACGUGGACGAAGAUGAGCUGGCAAUGCUGGCGGCGGCGUUUGCCCAGAAGCGCGGGCACGACACACACCGCCACCACGACGACGGCCGUGGCGGCGAGUCGUAUCCGCCGCGCUCGCGGGUGGACGCUGAUUCCAGUGGGGAUGUGGAGGGAUUUUCCGACUACCGCCAGCCCGCGAGCAAACGCGCACGCAUGGACGCAGACGCACCCAUGCCGCCAACACACACGCACGCCCACGCGCACGCGCACGCACAUCCUCGACAACAGCCGCGGUAUGAUUCGCAGGCGUACACAGACGAGCGGCAGCCACCGCCUCGUCAGCAACAGCAGCAACAGCACGCGCACAGCGAGCCGGCACAACUUGCCCAAUUGCGUGAUGCACACGGGGAGCAGCAUGGGCAUUACGCAACACAACGCCAUCGAGAGCAGCCGCAGGUGCAGCAGCAGCAGCAGCAGCAGCCACGAUUAGCAGCGCACCGCGCCAUGCCAGCACCCCAUCCUCCACCAAUACAGCAGCGGCGGCAGCAGGCACAGAACGCAGGCGCACCGCGAGUGUACACGCAUUCGCUGACACCGGUUGCGCCACCACCGCCACCACCAGUGUCUUCCGCGCCAUCAUCAUCAUCAUUGUCGUCAUCAUCAUCAUCAAGGGCGGGCGGGCAGGAGGCGACGCGCCGACAGCCAUCCGUCUGGUGCCGCAUGGACAGGCUGUAGUUGUGCGUUUGUUUUUGUGUGUGUGUGUUUGUUUGUGUGUGUGUGUGUGUACGUGUUGUAUGAGUGCAUGUUGUGUUUAAUAUCCCAAUCUCCCUCCUUCACCGAUAAAAGCAAUG